GUCAAUCGUUGGUGCCUAGGGACUCAAUCAAGAUGACCUCACAACGCUACACGCCUACGGAAGAGCUGCUUUGCUCCGUGCAAGUACAGCUCUUUCCUUGCCAUCUGCAACACUAAAUUUUUCUUCAUUAUCUCAUAGCGUAGCUCCGUACCACUCUGGCCUUACUGGUCGUGCGCGCACGGGACAUUCCCAUUUGGCCACCUGUCCUUGCACCGUCACCGCUACCCGGAGUACUUCUUCUUACUGCAACCAGCCGCUACGCAGAGGGCAUUUUAGUCAUCUUUCACCACUAGCUAGGAAUCAUGCGAGGCGCACGUCUAGGACAUGCUAUGCCGGAUUGGGAGAAUCCGGCAGUUCUUGGCGUCAACAAACGAGUCAGCCACGCUCCUCUGCGAUCCUUUCGGGACCUAGCCGCAGCCGUGGCCUUAUUCCGGCCUACAGUUGUCGGCACCAACCCAGCAUCCCUGCGUCCCACAGAUUUAGAUCAGCAUCAGCAGGCCGCGGCAGCAGCGGACCUUGCUGCUCGGGGUGUAACGGGUAGCAGCGAGAGCGGCGUCCGCACACUCUCUGGGUGCGACUGGUCCUUCCGGCUGUUCCGGCACCCCGGAGAGGUGCCGGAGGACUUUCCGCUUCCCUCGUACGAUACUGGGGACGGGUGGACGCGGAUCCCAGUCCCCUCCAACUGGGAGUGUUGCGGUCAUGGUACCCCCAUCUACACCAACUUCGUCUACCCCAUACCGCGCGACCCGCCCUUCGUACCCGCCCACGACAACCCCACCGGCUGCUUCCGACAUGCCUUUAGCCUGCUGCCAGAAGAUGUACGGCAGGGGGACAGGGUGUUUCUCCAAUUGGAAGGAGUGGACAGCGCCUGCUACGUGUGGCUCAACGGCCGCCCAGUGGGCUUUUCAAAGGACAGUCGUACGACAGCGGAGUUCGAGGUGACGUCAGCACUGGCGUCGCCGGGGGAGACUAACACGCUUGCCGUACAGGUGUUGCGCUGGAGUGACGGGACCUACUUAGAGGAUCAAGACAUGUGGCGACUCAGCGGAAUACACCGUGCCGUACGACUGCUGGUCAAACCCGCCGUACACAUCACCGAUUUCACCGUACGAACACCGCUGUGCUUUGACUUUGGUGGUGCUUGCAAUGAAGGCGCUGCCGGUGCUGCUGCCGCUGCUGCUACUGGUGCUGCCACCGCUUUCUCCCCGACUGGUAGUGGCGGGUCGGCUAGUGGGGUGUUGCGCGGAGCCCGACUGGAGUUGGAGGUGCUGGUGGGGGGGAGCAGCGAGCAGGAGCUGGCAGAUUGCUCCGUUGUCGUACAUAUCCUGGAUGAGCAAGGCCAGCCCGCCACCCGCCCCGGUGUCCCCCCUCCCCAGUGCCGGGUCACCCCGGGUCGCUGGUACGGGACCGACCCGGCGGGUCACUCCAGCCGCACGGCAGCUGGGGUGGGCGGCGUGGCGCGGCUGUCCCUGGAUGCAGCGGAGCUCUGGGGGCCUUAUGUGUACGACACGGCUUUGGGCUGCGUACGACAUUUUGAUGCGGAUGACACCGCUGCUGCCUCGGACACUGCUGCUGCUACUGUGGCGGCGGCGGCAGCUAGUGGGUCAAGACCCACACCUCAGGGGGCUGGGGGGCUGGGAGCAUCCUACGCCGGAGAUGUGGAACAAGGUGCAUCAACGCGAGGUGCAACGCUAGAACCUGGGCUAGGUUCCGGAGCAGCAUCAGAGUCAGAGUCGGGGACCGUCAAACAAUCAACAGCCGGAUGCAGCAGGGCCUUGCGGCUUUGGAGCGCAGAGGAUCCGGCGUUCUACGUCCUGGUGCUUGAGCUGCGGCACGCGACCCGCGGGUCACUCGAAUAUGAGUCCUGUCAGCUGGGGUUCCGCCAGACGGAGGUGCGGGGCGCCCGGCUGCUGCACAACGGCCGCCCGCUCAUGCUGCGCGGGGUGAACCGGCACGAGUGGGACGACAGGCGCGGCAAGGUGCUGGACGAGGCUCACAUGGUCCGCGACCUGCUGCUGCUCAAGCAGGCGGGCUUCAACACGGUGCGCUGCUCGCACUACCCAAACCAUGUCAGGUGGUACGAACUGUGCGCGCUGUACGGCAUGUACUUGAUUGAUGAGGCCAAUGUGGAGACGCACGGCUUCGACCCGUUCUUUCAGGACAACGCCUCCCACCCCGCCAACCACCCCGCCUGGGCCCCCGCAUUCCUAGACCGGGCCAUGGGCAUGUACGGCAGGGACAAGAACCAGCCUGCAGUGGUGAUGUGGUCUCUGGGCAACGAGGCGGGGUACGGCCCCGCACACCUAGCCAUGGCGGGAUACCUGAGGGCCAGGGACGCCUCCCGGCCGCUGCACUACGAGGGCGGCGGCUCCUGCACCCCUGCCACCGACAUCAUCCCGCCCAUGUACGCCCGACCCGCACAACUCAAGUCGCUGACCUCCCUGGUGGACUCGGGCGAGGAGCAGCGCCCCAUCAUGCUGUGCGAGUACUCCCACUCCAUGGGGAACAGUACGGGCAACCUGGACGCCUACUGGCGUGCGUUCGAGUCGCACCCCAGCCUGGCGGGCGGGUGCAUUUGGGACUGGGCGGACCAGGCGCUGGUGGCCAGGGGGGAGGACGCCCAGGGGCGGCAGGUGGAGUACUGGGCGUACGGCGGCGACUUCGGUGACACGCCCAACGACGGCCAGUUCUGCUGCAACGGUCUGGUGUUCCCGGACCGCUCUCCGCACCCCGCACUGUACGAGGCUAAGGCGGUUAUGGCGCCUAUUACAUUUGAGUGGGAGGCGGCGAAAACGGCAGCAGCAGCAGCAGCAGAGCCCCCCGGGGAGCCGCAACCACCUCAAAGCGAUGGGAGCAGCCCCAGCCCCGGCCACACCCCCAAUCCAAUCCUGCGCAUGCGGAACAAGUAUGACAUGAUUCGCUCGUCACACAUUGCCGUACAAUGGCGGUUGAUGCUCAACGGCCGGCCUGUCGUACAUGAGGCCCUCAUGCCGGCAGGCAAGCCUAAGCCGCCUGACGUCAUCACUGGGCUGUCAUCGGCGGCGGCGCCGGAGACGGAGGCGGAGGCGGUGUCUACUCGCGACAGCGGCGGCGGCGGUGCAGGACCGUUAGUUGACGGCGGUUGGUACGACAUGGUGCCUAGCGCCGCCGCCGCCGCCGCCGCUGCCACUGACCUGCCGCCGCGGUCGACGGCGACGCUGUCGCUGCCGACGUCAGCGGCGGCGCUGACAAAGGCCCUGGCGGCGGCGGCGGCAGAACUAGCGGCGGCGGCACCGGCGUCAGCCGUUGUCGUACCACCAGGAGCUCCUGACGGCGGCGGCGAGGUCGGCGAUGGCUGCCUUAGUACAGUACGACUAGAUGCGCACUUUGAGGCUCGUGCCGUACUGUGUGCGACAACGCUCUGGGCGGAGGCGGGUCACGUGGUAUCGCAGCAGCAGCUGGGGCUACCGGAGCAGGUAGACCUAGGUGCAGCGGAGCGGGCAGCAGCGGCGGUGCUGGACGAGCGGCGGCAGCAGCGCACCGCGGCUGCACCUGCCCCCAACUCCUCCUCCUACUCAACCGAUCAGCAGCAGCAGCCGUUGCUGCAGUACAGCCAGGAUCCCAUCAGCCAUACAGUCACAGUCAGCGGCGGCCCACGGGGGCUGCUUCUCCGCAUAGGCGGCGGCAGCGGCUGCAUCGAAACGUACGACGUCGGGACAGUGGGCAGCGGCGACGGUGGCGGUGGAAGUGGUGGCAGUGGCUGCGGUGGUAUUGGUAGUGGUGUGUCGCUGCUAGCGGCGCCGUUGCAGCCGUGCUUCUUCCGCGCUUGCACGGAUAACGACCGCGGUGGUUUCUGCGGCGGCAGCUACGCGGCCCGCUGGGUGGCUGCGGGUCUAGAUCGGCUGGAGACGCAUGGCCCCGUCGACAUCGCUGUAGAGCCCACACCUCCAGGGGUGCGGGUGAGAGCCGCCUGGACGAUGCGACCCAGAAGGAGGCUGCCGGGGGAGGAUGUGGGGGCGGGCGCGCAGGAGGGAGUGGGAAUCGGCGAGAUGGGCGGAGCGCACUGGUUCGCGGUGCAGGAGCAGACGGAGGAGGAGCAGACGGAGGAGGGGCAGGGCGAGGGCGGGGACCAGGGUGGUGCAGGGAAGCAGCAGCCGACCGGCACAGAGGGCGCCCCCGGUACCCCUGCUGCAACCACCACAGCCGUUACGGCAACUGUCAACACAACCACCACCACCACCAGCAGCAUCCAGCUUCCUGGCAACACCACCGCCACCAAGGAUGCUGGGACUGCUGAGGUGGAUGCGUCCGCAUGCGCUUCUGCUUCUCCCGCUGAUACCGCUGAUACUGCUGAGGGCGAAAUCCGGAUCCAAGCCCUGUACGACAUAUCUGCCGCCUCCGGCCAUGUCCAUAUCUCCUGGCACAUGGACACCCGCAACGCCCUGCCAGCCGCACCCCCUACCGGCCUCCUCCAUUCGCUGCCGCGUGUGGGGGUACGCAGCGCCGCCCCCGCCCGCAUGCGCCGAGUCGCCUGGCUGGGCCGCGGCCCCCACGAGUGCUAUUGGGACCGGAAGGCCAGCGCAAGGGUCGGCUUGUACGGCGCUGCCGUACGGGAGAUGCGCACGCCGUACAUCUUCCCGCAGGAGUCCGGUGGUCGUGAGGACGUACGCUGGCUGGCGCUGCUGCCAGAGCCGACAGCGGCGGAGGGUGGGGCGGAGGGUGCGGUGGCACCGGGCCUUAUGGCCGUUGCGGCGUCAGCGCUGGGCCCUCAUGAAUGUUCCCCUCGCCCUGCUUCCUCUCCACCCCUCCUGCACAUUUCGGUUUCAAAGCAGGCCUUGGAAGCCGUACAUGCAGCCCGCCACGAUCACGAGAUCCAGCCGGAUCCGCAGUGUCGUACAUUCUUCCACUUGGAUCACCGCCAUAUGGGUGUGGGCGGCGACGACAGCUGGAGCCCCAGCGUGCACGCGGAGUACCUGGUGCCGCCAGGGGUGUACGAGUGGGGCAUGACGCUGGGUCCGUGUGUGGAGGCGGCGGAAGCGGAGUGGUCGUACUGCACCCUGGCGGCGGCGGCGGCGGUGGCGAUGGCGAAGAAAGGUUAGAGUUUUCUUUCCGAUGUGGAUUGUUACAGAGGUAGGGCAGGAAGACAAAGAAAACAAGUCCAUACCAGGGGGGUUGGAAACCCCUGGAAGCCUCCGGAGGGAACCACCUGUAAGUGGUUUGGCACAACUUUGAAGUGGUUUGGCGGGGAUUCAAGCACGGUACGUUGUCGUUGUCGGCAGGGAGCAGCGGCAGGGGUUGCCAUCAGCAUCAGCAUCAGCAUCAGCAUCAGCAGGGGAGCCGCCGUCGCGCAUUGAUUGUCUUGCGGAGUUAGAACCCGUUGGUUGAAAACGGUACCGGUUUAUGUGUUGGCGUGGAGAAUCUUGAGAGGAUCCAGGGGCCGAAGCUAGGUGCGCAAAGCUGGGGAAGGAGUUCAAGUGGGGGUCAGACGGGGGCUAACGACGGUGAAGAGGCAUGAGUUUGUGGCUCCGCAAAGGUUCGGAUUUAGUUCGGAGAACUAAUGUUUUCCAGCAUUCUUCGGAAUAAUAUUAUGAUCUGAGCGGCGUCCUGAAGUUUGCUGGGAUGUUCACGACUGUCGCAAUUCGCCGUCGUGGUUCGUUGGCACCUAGCUAUACACCGGAUGCAUGGAUCGCUUACACUUACGGCCAUGCAACCACCUUCGGUCUUGUGACUGUAAUUGAGUGGCAAGAUGGUAGAUGGUACCUGGUUUGGGAUAGCCAAAUCCAUAUUUAACCGUACCCUGUCGUAUCCCACGUUUCUCGGUACCCAGGACUGCUGCUGCCACGCUUUCAUGCAGCGCACAUGUCAACCGUUAUUGAUUAAUUGUAAACACGGCCUAAAGUGAUCAAUUCUUUCAAUAAUUGCGCUUGACUUUCUACAGGCCUUCAGAAUUUUGGACUGUCCUUUCCUUCUAAGAGCUUCUAUAUCACCAUGGGAAAGACUUGAUAUACUUAUUAGAACCACUGUUAUAAGUGCGUGAUUCGGAGUGGUACAACCCGCUAUAGUUGGGCGUGUUAAAAAAGGGACGGAAAAGGGUGCAGCUUGCGGGACCACGUAUCCCUUACGGAAGGCUUGGCAGCAGAGCUACGGACAACCAUGACAACAGGGUAAAGGGCCCCUGCACAGGACAUUAUGUUCUGCUGCUUCUCCGGUGGACCCCCGGGUGCAGCCCGCCAGGUGGUGCAAGAGCAGCAGCCUGCACGCCAAGCGGAGAUCCUGGGGUUGCCUGUGCAGCAGCCUGUGCAGCAGGAAGUAUUACACGCAGCACCGCAGCCAGCACAAGAUGGGUCCAACCGACAAGAAUCGUCAAGUCGUGAUAACACUAUUGCUCAGUUAUCUCAGAUACUGGCUGGGGUGCCAGCAGCGGGAGCACGAAGUAACGACUUAUGGGCAAAUUUGCAGAAAAGCGCUGACAGUGUUGUCGGAGCCCUGGCUAUAACUGCCGCGAGUUUUUACAUCUUCACAUCCUCCCGGCGCUUCUGCAAGGUUGUGCCGAACAGUAACUCGCCUCAGUGCGCUGGGUUGCGGAAAAGCGGAUGGGAGCUCUGCCACUCAGCAGAGGCUCCCAGCGCCGCUCAGGUGGCUAGCAGCCGCGCACCAUCCUACUUCCAGUUGCCCCCCAAUGCGCCCGCCUCGCACUCCCGCGCGGUGCCGCCGGACCUGCAGCUGCUGCACCAGUGCGGCUGCCAGGCCUUUGUCACGCUGCCGCUCUACCAGGGUCAGGUGGUGGUGGGCGCGCUGCUGCUGGCGCAUACAGAGCCCAUCCCCGCCCUAGCUGAGCACCGCUGGCUGGCGGCCUACCUGCCGCUGCUGUCGCUCUACCUGGCGGAGACCUCGGCGCUGCGGCUGGUCAACUUCACGGAGAAGAUCCAGACGGCGGUUGGACUCAACCACCUGGCAUGGAUCGUGUCCUCGGAGCUGGACAGCUGGUUCGAGUGGUGCCACCCGGAUGACACGGAGGCGCGGCUGGUGCUGCUGGCGCCGGGUGAGGGAGUGGAGGGAGGGAAGGGGUGGUAGGUGAAGGCGGGUGGAGCGGCUGGUUAGGGGAGGUGUACAGCUUCCUGCGGGGGCCGGUGAGGGGAGAGGUGGUGGAGCGGCGAGAGCUGCAGUUGAUGUGGG